AUGGCAACUCCAACAGCCCCGACAUCGACCAACGGUGACGCGCGGGGACCUUUGAGUAAUGCCUCAGCCAGCAGUACCACGUCUGCACCAGCAUCCACUAUGAAUCGCAAAAAACAAAAACGCCGACAGAAGCAGCAAGCUGCCCGUUUAGCCGCCGAACAAUCUCAUGCUCACACUUCCGAUACUACGGACUGGCCAGCACAAACAUUCUCGAAUGACCCUAGUGAUGCUGAAUUUCAUGGUCUCUCGAUGUCUAACAACCCUGAAGAUCAACCCCCGGGAUCCACUCGCCAUUUCAAGAACAAAGAGAAAAAGGACAACUCUGAACCGCACACAUGCGCCGAUGGAAGCUCGACCCCGCUUUCUACUCCGUCCGCGACUCACUCACAACCGUCCAAGUCCCGCAAGAAAAAGAGUGAACUUUGGAACCAAUCGUCGGUGGAAGAGCGCGAGAACAUUCGAGCCUUCUGGUUUGAGCUGGGGGAAGAGGACAGACGUCAGCUUGUGAAAGUCGAAAAGGAUGCUGUGCUCAAAAAGAUGAAAGAGCAGCAAAAGCACUCGUGCAGCUGCACGGUCUGCGGCCGAAAACGAACCGCAAUCGAAGAGGAGCUAGAGGUUCUCUACGACGCUUACUACGAAGAGCUUGAGCAAUAUGCUAUUGGCAACAACGAGGCUUCCUUUGACGAGGGUGCUCCCAUCAUCCCUCCACCCCGUUUGUAUCAACAACCCCUACGAUCCCCCGGUCACCACACUCGUACGCACACACAAUUUCACCCUUCACGAGAGCGAGUCGAAGAACUCGAGGAUGAGGAUGAAGAUGACCUCGAUGAAGAGUAUGAGGAAGACGACGAGGAAGACGGUGAGUUGGACAGCGGUGAUGAAUUCUAUGACGAUGACGUCCCAGAUUCACGCUCCGAUUUCUUUGCCUUUGGUAAUAGUCUGACCGUCAAGGGUGAGCUCCUCAGAAGUUUAACUUACCCUGGAGGAAUCUGGUCUGACCCCGCAUUUGAUCUAGAUGGUAUUCUUACUGUAGCCGAUGAUCUCCUUAAAAACGACGGCAGACACUUCAUCGACAUGAUGGAGCAAUUGGCUGAGCGUCGCAUGCAGCGAGAGGAUGAUCAUCAUAUCAGCAUCGAAGAAGCCGCCCACCAGCCCUUCGACCCCAAUCAACAUCACCACCCUCCUCGUACCCUUGACGAUGAUGAUUACGACGAGGAGGAGGAAGACUACGAUAGCCAAGACGAGGAAGAAUAUGAUGUGGAUGAAAUGGUACCUCCUGACCCCUGCAAAGUCCCAAGAAGGAAUGCUUACUAUCAUCGUUAUCCCAAGACCGAAAUGACGGAUGAACAACGAAUGCAAGAAGGCCGACGAAUGUUCCAGAUUUUUGCUGCUCGAAUGUUUGAACAGCGAGUAAUGACUGCGUAUCGCGAAAGAGUCGCCGAACAACGACAGAACCGCCUCAUUGAAGAGCUCAUGGAAGAGAAGAAUCAGCUUGAGGAGCGGAAUGCCAAGAAGGCACGAAACGCCCAACAAAAGAAAGAUAAGAAAAAGAUGCAAAAGCAGCUGAAGGACGAAGAAAAAGCUCGCAGAGACGCAGCGAAAGCUGCCGAGGAGGCCGCCGCCAAAGCGGCCCAUGACCAGAAACUGCAGGAACAGAGAUUGAAACGUGAAGAGCAGCGGAAGAAGCGCGACGCGGAGCGAAAGACAUUGGAAGAUGAGCGUGCACGCAAGGAGGCAGAGAAGCAAAAGCGCCUCAGAGACGAGCGAGACCGACAUGCUGACGCUGAACGUAAGCAGCGGGAGCUGAAAGAAGAAAAUAAGAAGCGUGAAGAAGCGAAGCGCAAGGAAAAACUGGAACGUGACAAGAGGGCUAAGGAGGAACAUGAGCGCAAGGUUCGUGAGGAACAAGCGAAGAAAGCUCGCGAGACUGCUGCCCGAGCAGAGCAGGAAGCCAAAGAACGUGCUGCUAAGCAAGCAAGAAUGGCAAAACCUGCGUCUUUCUCGAUCCCGGGCCUUCAGAUGCAGACACUCCUGCCUUUGGUCCAAUCCCAACCUUACCCUGCUACUACUCCUGUUGCACCUAAGGUCUCGACCCCCGUCAGACCACGCCAACCUUCGCAGCAGAGCUCUUCUCACACCUCCUCGCCUUACUCGCAAUCAGCAUCUUCUGAUUACCCUCUUCAGCCUUCUAUUUCCCCGCGCUCUUUCGCGCAACCGCAGUCGGGAGUGUUUGGCAGACCUAGCCACCAGCAACAACCACCUCUACACCACCCUCAGCCCUCCGCGCCACUCUCUCCAUUGGGUCGAUCAGGCCCACCUGGCUUCCCAGUCCUGAGCGGCCUGUCUUCUAACCCCCCAGGUCUCCCCGGCACGGCUGGUCGUCCUCUUCCAUCUGACCUGCAUAUGUAUUCCCCCAGUUCGCCUAUGAUGAACCCUCUUCGUGGGUUCAACGCCCCCAGUGGGAUCUCCAUUCCCCCUGGGAUGAACGGGUUGCGUUCCAAUACGUUUAGACCGCCCUCAUUUGAACCUGGCUACGAACUCGGCUUGCAUCAUGGAGCAUAUGGGCGGUUCAAUCCUCUCAAUCGUCCUCCAAGUGUUGCGCAGGAUCUACAGGAUGCUCGUCGCGGAUCCUCACAGCGUGAAGUGGAUGACCUUAGCACUCAACUGGGCAGCAGCGCACUGAAUGAUGCCAUCGAGGGUGCUAAUUCCUCAAAGUUAUCUCAGUCUUUGCCCGGUGCCACCGGCCUAGGAACUUUCCCAGUACCUUCGCGUGCUAGUUUCCAGGGAUCCUCGUUCUUUGCCGAACCUUUUGGGUCUCAGCAGUCAGCCUUUCCGGCUAAUCCUGCUGGGUGGAGUCGACCAUUUGGAACCACUCUUGCUGGUUCCUCAGCUACAUGGGGAUCAUCGACAACUAGCAGUGCUUUGGGGAAUGGUUGGACACAUUCGAACGUUUUUGCACCGAGUACCCACCAUCGUGGAAAUUCGGCCCGCCCUGUGACUAUUCGUCUUCUAAUUAUUCGAGCCUGCAAGGAAAUGGACGCACUUAACCCAAAGGGUCGCAAUGGUGUUCACUUCAUAAGCCCACAGCUUCUGUCUGACGGUUAUCACAAUGUGCGAGAAGUAUUGAACCACGCUCAAAUGUUGCGACUUGCGACGGAACCGCACAUCAGACUGGAUGAAGUGCUCGACAUCUGCGACACAGAAGGCAGCCCUCAUAAUGGCGGCGGAUCCUUCUCCAUCAAAGAGGAGGGUGGAGACCAUUUUGUCAGAUUCGACCCGGAUACUGUCAGUGCUGCACCUGGUCAUCGGAGCAGCGUUCCAGGUGACAUCGGCAGCCCAAUUCCUGGAAACAGCCACCCAGACCCCUUUGCCGGAUUUGCCAAGUACUCUAACUUCCAACAGUACAACUCUCCUGCAGCUGGGUUGUACGGUGGGACUUCCUAA